AUGCCGUACCCUUACGGGAAGCCGCGCAAUUGUAAUUUUGCGUUUAAUGCGCUUUUAAACAACGGUUUAACGCUUAUAACGCGCAAAUUGUUUGGCCGAUAUGCGGCUAUAAAAUACCGAAUCGAAAGCGCCGCGGCGGCGUUCGUUGCGCGUUUUACGCUUUUUUUCGGCGGCGGUUUUUUUACCGCGGCGGUUAAAGCCCGCCGGGGAAUUAUCGGCAAUACGUUUGUAAAAAGCUUAAAAGGUUGCAAGCGCAAAAAGGUUCGAUGGAUUUGCGGCAUUUAA